CGUGCUCGUCGAUGCUUCUGUGUCACACAUCAUCAGAAUGGUUCGAGCACCCACUUCGACUCGGCAAGUCGGCGAUAGCGGCGUGUCUCGAAGUCUCCGAGGCGUCCAUCAUGACUCCUUCCAUUCGAGUCAGGAUGCGACGCAAAGCUCGGCUGACCCGCAGUGCAUCUUGCGCACCAUAUGGCUUCGGACGAUGGGCGGCUUUGUGGAGCUCAUAUGCCACAAUGCCGCACAUCGUUCACUCAGCGCGGGCGAUAUAUAGGAUGAGUCGGUCAUUCACCACUCAGUUGCCGCCGCCUCAGUCGAUUCUACUCUAGGCCGACCUCCUAGCGCAACGCCAGCGUCUUGAUGGCAGACAACGGAUCCAUGACCGCCCGUGGCCUUCUGAACUCGGACGGGAACUAUGCUGCUCAGCAUCAGGCCAUGUAUGAUCUUCUGAAAUACAUACAAGUGGGACAAUCGCUUCCCGAAACGCUGGAGGCCUACGAAUAUCGCUUGCGACUCAACUUCCUAGCUCUCAUCUAUGUCCUCUGGCAGCAGCUCUCGCCUCUCUGGGAGGCAUAUGGCAAGGUGAAAUCAGACAGCACCGAAUGCAAAGACAGAGUUUACCCAAGCAUCCUCAACGUCGCAGAUCUGACGCUCACUUAUGCCCGGAAUGCUGCUGGCAUGGAUGGUGAAUCGCCCUACAGUCAUAUCUUCCAAUGCGUGAGGGAUCUGGCGAACGCAACCGACCAAGAAGAGGCGGACCGGCUCAGCAAGGAGAUCGACAACUUCAUCAGCGUACAGACCGGAAAGAUAGAUGAUCUGAACUCCCAGUCCUCUGUCUGCACCGAGAAUCUCAGAUCGCUCGAAGGACGUAUGGUCGCCUCCCAAGAUGUCGUCAAGCAGCGCAGCGAUGACCUGCACGAAGCCAUCGCACAGAUGGUCGAGGACGCAGAGAAUACUGAAAAGCAGCUCAAGACGCUCCGUGAGAAAGUAGCGCAGACCACAGCACCGUAUGAGCAAGAUCAGCUUGUGGCGUGCGCUGCUCCGUCUUAUAAGUGGCUCGAGCUUUCCGGCACAAUCGUCAUGUCUGCUAUCACCAGCGUUCGCGGCUCCGACGCCACAAAGAUUGCCAACCUCGCGGACGACGUCUGGGCAAUCAUCGCAAACGACGGAGGCGAGAAGAAGGACAGGCAUUCGAUUCUGGCCGAUCUUCUGGCCAUAGACGCUGACCUGACCGCGGUCCUCACUCCGGUGAACACCGCCAUUGGCGUCGUCGAACAGAUGAUGGGCAGCUGGACGGCAAUCUCGGACGAUCUGGCGAACCUCGGCAAGAUGGUCAAGGACGACAUCAAGAGCGCGAAUGAAUACAUCGCCAACCUCAACGAGAAGAAGAUCAUCAGCAAUUGGAAGGACCUUGCAGAGGCCGUCGAGAAAUAUCAAGGGGCCGCUGAAGCGCGUCUCAAGAGUACCAGCGACUCAUCCACGUCGAUAUCGAUGGAAGAGCUGGCGCAACAGCUUCGAGAGCAAGCCAAUUCGUGAAGGGUGAUUUUUUCGCUUGGCCGUUGGAGCGUUGUCAAUCCGUGCCCAAGGGCAGGGUUUCUCUCGUUGUCUUCAGUCAUUGGAAAUCGAAUAGGUACAAAUAUCUCAUCGUCUUGAAUUCAUGCGAGAUAUGAGGUCCAUAUCGCGACGGACGGGUCGUUGUCAUGGUCUACAGAUUCUUUGACGCCGGAUCCUCCGACAUGCGUACCCAGAGACCACCCUAUAUCAUCGCUCGCGUCACCAAACCGUCACGAGCUCCAGAAUGAGUUCGCACCUUCAGAUACAUUGUCAGAUGCGCCCCAAACAUCCUCGUCUCGACCUCCGCGUCCGGCGCGUC